CGUCUGUAGCGACGGAGAUGGCGGCGACAGUGACGGAGGCUGCGGCCUCGAGCUCUGGAGAACCCCGAGAAGAGUCCGAAGCGCCCAGCCUCGCCUGGGAUGAGUCCCAACUGCGUAGUUAUAGCUUCCCGACCCGGCCCAUCCCGCGUCUGAGUCAGAGCGACCCCCGGGCGGAGGAGCUUAUCGAGAAUGAGGAGCCUGUGGUGCUGACAGACACAAAUCUUGUGUAUCCUGCCCUGAAAUGGGACCUUGAAUACCUGCAGGAGAACAUUGGGAAUGGAGACUUCUCUGUGUACAGUGCCAGCACCCACAAGUUCUUGUACUAUGAUGAGAAGAAAAUGGCUAAUUUCCAGAACUUUAAGCCCAGGUCCAACAGGGAGGAAAUGAAAUUUCAUGAGUUUGUUGAGAAACUGCAGGAUAUACAGCAGCAAGGAGGAGAAGAGAGGUUGUAUCUGCAGCAAACACUCAAUGACACCGUGGGCAGGAAGAUUGUCAUGGACUUCUUGGGUUUUAACUGGAACUGGAUUAAUAAGCAACAGGGAAAGCGUGGCUGGGGACAGCUGACAUCCAACCUGCUGCUCAUCGGCAUGGAAGGAAAUGUGACACCUGCUCACUAUGAUGAGCAGCAGAACUUCUUUGCUCAGAUAAAAGGCUACAAGCGAUGCAUUUUAUUCCCUCCGGAUCAGUUUGAGUGCCUGUACCCAUAUCCUGUUCAUCACCCAUGUGACAGACAGAGCCAGGUGGACUUUGACAAUCCUGACUACGAGAGGUUCCCCAAUUUCCAGAACGUGGUUGGUUAUGAAACAGUGGUUGGCCCUGGUGAUGUUCUUUACAUCCCAAUGUACUGGUGGCAUCACAUAGAGUCAUUACUAAAUGGGGGGAUUACCAUCACUGUGAACUUCUGGUAUAAGGGGGCCCCCACCCCUAAGAGAAUUGAAUAUCCUCUCAAAGCCCAUCAGAAAGUGGCCAUAAUGAGAAACAUUGAGAAGAUGCUUGGAGAGGCCUUGGGGAACCCACAAGAGGUGGGGCCCUUGUUGAACACAAUGAUCAAGGGUCGAUACAACUAGCCUGCCAGGAGUCGAGGCCUCCUGCCAGGUGACUGCUAGCCCGUCCACACCGCUUCAUUGAUGAGGACAGGAGACUCCAAGCGCUAGUAUUGCACGCUGCACUUAAUGGACUGGACUCUUGCCAUGGCCCUGGAGGCAGGUGUUUGGGGCAAGGCAGGGUGGUUGGCGCUCCACUCCCAUUUGGAGGGACUUCUUGCCCUUGCCUCUGUGCCCCAGCAUCUUCCCUCUCUGCCGCCCCCCCCCCCAAGGUCCUGCAUUCAGUGUGUGGAGUCCCAGCUUCUGGUUGUCAUCAUGUCUGUGUGUGUCAGUCUGUCACCCUCGGGAUGUGUGGGCGUGUGUGUGUAUGCACACGCAUGUAUGUAUCUGUUCCUUGCUUUCUCCUUCUGGGUCAGGAUGCCACUGCUGGCUCUCAGUCCUGUCUCCUGCAGCCUCAGUGCCUCAGCCUGAGAGGGAGGAGAUGGUCUUGGACACCCACUACUGGGCUGCAGGGCCAGAGUUCUCCUGACCGUCAGGUCAGUCUGCCUCUUUCCAGUUUUCACAGAGUCAGGCUCUAGGCUGGGUGGGAAUGGUUACUGGGACUCUUAACGGGGAGAGUGAGAGGGAGGCUUGCCUCUGAGACCCUAGAUAGCCUUCCUGUGAGAGAAUUAGACAGAUUUCCAACUUGGACCCUUAAGCUCAAGCCAUACAUAGAAAAGAGCCUUGGGACAUUAGAGCCAAGGAUUAUGCAUAAGUUCCAAAUUGCAGACACAUACAGCUUCUCUCUUUCAGCACCAGCUCUUGCUCCCUGUGCUGAGUGCCAAGGGAGUUAUCCUAGUAGUGGCUUCUCUAGGUUCUAGGGGUAUAAGCCUCUGUGUGGAUGUGUGUGUGAUAUGUGUGUCCGUGUGUGCGCGCACGCAUGCGUGUCCUUGUCCACACUGGCCUGCCUCUCUGCUUACUAAGUUUCUCCACUGCUUAACCUUGUCCAGUGGGACAUACAGUGUGAGCCCCAGGGAAGUACUGCCUGACCUAGCCUAAAGCUUUUAAACUCAGUUUUAGCCAUUGGACAUUGGUCAGGUCUCACUGCAACCUCCAGGUCCUGUGACCCUCCCAGCCCAGGCCACGUCCUCUACUCCUGCGGAGUUUCCUGGCCGAGUAAAUGAAAUGGGGUCAAGCUUAGGCAGCUAACUUACCACCUAUCAUCCACCUCAGGGCAAGGACAGAAAUACAGCCUUGCUUCUUAAAGCCAGCGCCUCUGCCAGACCCCACUAUAAUGUUCUACAAACACCCUUGAAAGUCAGGGCAACUGAUGAUGGAGCACAGAAGUGGAAUUUCUUUUCCUGUUCAUCAUUACUUGUGGGAACCCCUCUCAGGGCUGCAGCUUACAGCUGGGCACUGCACAACUCAAAGGGCCAUCGAUCACAUGAUUCAGGGGAACUGGGGCCACUGGAAUUGGGCAGUAUGGUGGCCCGGUGGCCCUGUGUCUCUUCACCUCCACUUCCAUCUCCAUGCCCCUUCUCUCUGGAAGGAAAGAGGAGUUGGAAAACUCUGGGUUUUUUCCUUUUUUUUUUUUUUUUUUUUUUUGCCAAAGGUUUACUUUCAGCAUCUGAGCUGUGGCUCUAACCCCCAAAGCUCAGUUUACAGUUAACAGCGCACUGAUGGACUGAGGAUGUAUGUGUAUGCAUGUGUGCACCUGUGUGUGUAUUUUGGGUAGGGGUGUUUAUUUUUAGUACCCCAUUCUGGGGUUCUCUUAUGCAGCGUGGGUGUGCAAACACGGUACCUUCUCAAGUGUAGUUCUUUCAAAUAUAGCCAAUGCUGGAAAAUGUGAUUGCAAUGAUCUGCAUCCCUCCAUCUCUUGGGAAAGAGGAGCGCAGCAAAGAAAACAAGGCAGACAGAGGAUAAACUUGACCACAAUCAAACUUUGAAAGAUAGCAGAUUAUUCUUGUUCUCCUUAGCGGGUCUGUUGCGUUCCUAGCUCAGCCCUCAAAGAUGUGGGUGAUGUGCAGCAGAAAGGUGUGUGUCACUCAGCUGAUCCUGGCUGGAUGCUGUGCUGACAGAGAUCUGACCUAAGGCGACCAAGGGGGAGGGUCCUUUACAGGAUUGGUCCUGACCCUUGGGUAAUAUAAUAGUGAACCUGAUUAUUAGACACU